CUGUCAGUGUCCUGUUCGUGACAUAAUAUUGUACUCGACUUCUCAUCUUCUAUUGAACAGCCAACUAUCUAUCCAUAUCCGAACACCUAGGUCACCUACAAGCAAACGAAUCACCAUGCUCGGCAAGAUUCUCCUUACCAUCGACGCCCUCAUUCUCCUCAUCGGUGCCCCGGUGGCCGACUACAAUGAAACCCACAUCUUUAAUCCGGCCUGGAAGCCACAUGCAAAGUUCCAUUGCGGCCAAACCAUUACCCUAUCCGUGGUCCUGGGUCUCGCAACCCUCUUCUACACCUGGCUGCCAUGCGGCCCAGCCAAAGCAGGCCCAGUCCCCACACCGGCCGUACAGGUUGAGAGACGUGAGCGGAUCAAGGAUUCUCUGCGCACGGCGGGCUUCCUCGGAAGUGUCUACUGGCUGGCAGGUCUGGCAGCCAUCUUGUAUCCCAACACUGCAGGAACCGAUCCCGAGUUCGGCGACAUCACCGACUUCCCUCAAGGCAAGAUGUUCCCGGUAUUUGCUGGCUUGGCCAUCUUGGGGGCAUGGCUCGAGACGAGGCGCCUUGGAUGAUGAUGAGAAACCGAGGACGCCGGCGGGUGACGAAGCGCGUGUUUCAUGUUUCCCUGAUGGGAAAACGGAAUCGGUAUCGGUAUAGCAUUACGUCUCGCCCUCCUCCGCAGUGCAUACAUAGAGGUACGAGGUACGUAGUGCUCUCGCCCUGCGGAGACCACUUACGCGGCCCUCACCCUGGCUAUCAAUACAUGACGCGUCCGGGCGCCGCCGGUGUGGCUUCGAGGGGGGUCCGGGAAUAGGGAAGCCAUGGGGGUAUGGAUCCGCUCUGGGAAUCGUUCAUUUACAAAGUUUGACUUGCGCUUGGACGGCGCAUUGUAUGUUUUUUUUCCUACUUUUACUCGGCUUCUCGCCGAUGAGUAGCAUUUCACUUGUCCUGAAUGUGUAUCUCUUUUCUUUGUCUCAGCUCUACCUACUACCGAAUCACUAAUCCACAGCGGAGUUCCCUCACACUUCCAUAGGCCCCGG